CGCGGGUGGGGUCGCCAGGCAGUGCAGGGGCGUGGCAUCCUAAUUCUCGGUGCCAGCUGCUCGGCGCGGGCUGACCGGGGCCCCAUCCGAACGUGAAGAGCGAGAAUUGGAAGGCAAGGAAAAAAAAAAAAAAAAAAAGUUGCGCGUCUCCAAUUUCUAGCCCCGUCGCAAUGGAAGCGGGAAUGGAGGGGACAAGAAAUCGGGUUUAAAAUCGCGACCAGUUCCGGGUGACGAUCCCCCCUGUCUGGAUCCGCCUGCCCCUUCGUUCUAGUCCGUUGUUGGCUUCUCCCAGUCUCCAUUCCCCUUCUCCAUGUGCUGUCGUUUUUCUCUAGACACCGUCCCCUUUUUGCUCCUUUUCUCUCUUGCUGUCCCUGUUGCCAUUGGAGUCGAGAGAGGCUGGUGAGUUUGUGUGCGGGCUACACUUGCAGCUCGCUCAAGACGGCACCUUGGAGAGACCACACCAUCGUCAUCUCCACGGUUGAACUCUUCCCAACAAAGAAAGACUCGCCCACGCACACCUCCCCUUCCCGCCGUCCCAUCUUCCGAGACCCGCCGGACUCGUGGAAACCUUGAGCGGAACUCGAACAAAAACAUCGAAAAAAAGACCGGCGUUUAACCCUGCCAACGCCUACCGCGGCCGAACCUACUGCCAGUAGUCCGAUCAAGCCAUCCCAGCAGACGGCAGACAGCUACGCAGAACCGCACAACUCACUGUUCCAGACACAGGCGCACCCCUCGAGGUGCCCGCCUAGACAGAUCUAGAAGUCGCCGACCUCGCCCGCGCAGACCCCGUCCACAGCCGAUGGUCCCCGGCCACCGCCGACGACUCCUCGCCCUGGGCCUUCGACAUGAUUGCCUCAUCCCUGAUACCCUCGCGGUUUAGGGGCGAGCAGCCGGCCUCGCAGGCUGCCGCCCCCUCGCGCAUCAACAAGAAGGUCACGCCCGUGCUCCAGUUUCUGGCCAGCAUCACGUCGGCGCACCCCAUACACACCGUCGUCAUCGUGGCCCUGCUCGCGAGCUCCACCUACAUCGGCCUGCUCGAGGAGAGCCUGUUCGAUUCCAGCUGGAGCGUCCGCCGCGCCGACUGGGGUUCGCUGACCGAGGGCAGCCGCAGCCUCCGCGCCGGGCCCGACACGGCAUGGAAGUGGCAGUCGCACGACCUGCCCGAGAAGGCGCCCGUCGCGGGCGCCACCCACAAGGCCCUGCUGACCCUCAUCUUCCCCGAGUCCCUGUCCAACGACGCGCCCAAGACGGCGCCCCUCCUCAAUGCUGUGCCCACCCCCGAGAACCUCUCGGUCACGCCGCUGCCCUCGACCUCGAACCCCCUCACGGCAUACUCGCAGGACUCGGCCCUCGCCUUCUCGAUGCCCUACGACCAGGCCCCCCGCUUCCUGACGGCCGUCCAGGAGAUCCCCAACGACAUCCCCGACCAGGAGACGCGCGAGUCCUCGGCCUACGGGCGCGAGAAGAAGAUCUGGAUCAUGAAGGCGGCGCGCGUGCAUACUAGGAGCAGCAUCGUGCGCUGGGCCCAGAACUCAUGGGUUGAGUUUAUCGACAUGCUCAAGAACGCCGAAACUCUGGACAUUAUCAUCAUGGUGCUCGGGUACCUGUCCAUGCACCUCACGUUCGUUUCGCUUUUCCUGUCAAUGCGCCGCAUGGGAUCAAACUUUUGGCUGGCCGCCAACACUCUCUUUUCGUCCGUCUUCUCCUUCCUCUUCGGCCUGCUCGUGACCACCAAGCUGGGCGUGCCAAUCACCAUGAUGCUGCUCUCCGAGGGCCUGCCCUUCCUCGUCGUCACGAUUGGGUUCGAGAAGAACAUCGUCCUGACCCGCGCCGUCCUGUCCCACGCCAUCGAGCACCGGCGCCCGGACGCGGUUAAGCAGUCCGGCAAGGGCGCUGGCGGCCAGAGAUCAGACCGCGGCGCCGCUAGCCCCAACGAGGCGGCCUCCCACUCGGUCAUUCAGUACGCCAUCCAGGCGGCCAUAAAGGAGAAGGCCUACGGCAUCAUCAAGGACUAUGCCAUCGAGAUCCUCAUACUCGUGGCCGGAGCAGCUUCUGGCGUCCAGGGCGGUCUUCAACAGUUUUGCUUCCUGGCGGCUUGGAUUCUCUUCUUCGACUGCAUCCUGCUCUUUUCCUUCUACACGGCCAUCCUGUACAUCAAGCUGGAGAUCAACCGGAUCAAGCGCCACGUCCAGAUGCGCAGGGCCCUCCAGGACGACGGCCUCAGCCGUCGGGUUGCUGAGAAUGUCGCCAAGAGCAACGACGGCUCCAGCACGUCGCUCUUCGGCAAGCAGAUCAAGAGCACUAGCGUCCCCAAGUUCAAGGGAUUGAUGGUGUCGGGCUUCAUCAUCAUCAACCUGCUCAAUCUCUGCACCAUCCCCUUCCGCAGCACCCACUCCCUGUCGUCGCUCUCAUCGUGGGCCGGGGGGCUCGGCGGCGUGCUCAACUCACCGCCUGUCGAUCCCUUCAAGGUCGCGUCCAACGGGCUCGACACCAUCCUGAGCGAGGCCAAGGCCACCAACACGGAUACCAUCGUCACGAUCCUGACCCCCAUCAAGUAUGAGCUCGAGUACCCCUCCAUUCACUACGCCCUCCCUCCCAAGUCGGCCGUCCCCUCGGACGACGACCUGGGCUACGGCAUGGGCGGCCGCAUGGUCGGUGGCAUCCUGAAGAGCCUCGAAGACCCUGUCCUCUCCAAGUGGAUUGUCAUUGCCCUCGCCAUGAGUGUUGCUCUGAACGGCUACCUUUUCAAUGCCGCCCGUAUGGGCAUUAAGGACCCCAACCUUCCCGACCAUCCCAUCAACCCCAAGGAGCUUGCCGAUGCCCAGAAGUUCAACGAGACCGACACGGCCACCCUGCCGCUGGGCGAGUACCAGCCCCCGACAGAGCCACCCACGCCUAGGAGGCUCCCAAGCCCUCCGGCUAUGGACCACGAGGGCGACGCCGGUCGGCCCGCGACUAACGGAUCCCCCGAGCCCCCCGCUGUGCCCCGCACCGCUGCCGAGAUCGAGAAGAUGCUCAAGGAGAAGCGCGUCUACGAGCUGUCGGACGGGGAGAUCGUCGCCCUGUCGCUCAAGGGCAAGGUUCCCGGCUACUCGCUUGAAAGGAGCCUGAAGGACUGCACCCGCGCCGUCAAGAUCCGCCGUAGCAUUAUCGCGAGGACCAAGGUCACCCAAGAACGCACCGGGCUCCUGGACAGGUCGAAGCUGCCCUACAAGAACUACAACUGGGAGCAGGUUCUCGGCGCCUGUUGCGAGAACGUCAUUGGUUACAUGCCCCUGCCUGUCGGUGUCGCCGGUCCCCUCGUGGUUGACGGCCAGAGCUACUUCAUCCCCAUGGCCACGACCGAGGGUGUUCUUGUCGCCAGCGCCAGCCGCGGCUGCAAGGCCAUCAACGCCGGCGGCGGUGCUGUGACGGUACUUACUGGAGACGGCAUGACACGCGGCCCUGCUGUCGGGUUCGAGACGCUGGAGCGCGCCGGUGCCGCCAAGCUUUGGCUCGAUUCCGAGGCCGGCCAGACCAUGAUGAAGCGCGCCUUUAACUCCACCAGCCGAUUUGCUCGUCUCGAGAGCAUGAAGACAGCCAUCGCCGGCACCAACCUGUACAUCCGAUUCAAGACCACCACCGGCGACGCCAUGGGAAUGAACAUGAUCUCUAAGGGCGUUGAGCACGCCCUCGGCGUCAUGGCGACCGAGGGCGGCUUCGACGACAUGUCUAUCCUGACGGUCAGCGGCAACUACUGCACGGACAAGAAGCCGGCUGCCAUCAACUGGAUCGACGGACGCGGCAAGAGCGUGGUGGCCGAGGCCAUCAUCCCGGCCGACAUCGUCCGCAGCGUUCUUAAGAUCGAAGUAGACGCGCUCGUCGAGUUGAACAUUUCCAAGAACCUGAUCGGGUCGGCCAUGGCCGGCGCCAUCGGUGGCUUCAACGCCCACGCCGCAAACAUUGUUGCCGCCAUCUUUCUGGCAACCGGACAAGACCCGGCGCAGGUUGUUGAGAGUGCCAACUGCAUCACCAUCAUGCGAAACCUGCGCGGAUCUCUGCAAAUCUCGGUCUCUAUGCCUUCGAUCGAAGUCGGCACCCUCGGAGGUGGCACAAUCCUGGAGCCACAGGCGGCUAUGCUGGACAUGUUGGGCGUGCGCGGCCCGCACCCCACCAGCCCCGGCGAGAACGCUCGGAGGCUCGCGCGGCUGGUGGCAGCGUCGGUUCUCGCAGGCGAGCUGUCCCUUUGCAGCGCCCUGGCUGCCGGCCAUCUGGUCAGGGCCCACAUGCAGCACAACCGGUCUGCGCCGCCCACCAGGAGUGGCACCCCGGCUCCGCCCGGUAGUGGACCUGGAGCCAACGGCGCCUUGACUCCUGCGGGCCUGUCCAUGACACCGACCGCCGCGGGUCUGCGGGGCCCCAUAAGCUCGGCUAGUCUCGAGAGGGCUGCCGCCGUCGGCCGGUGAUGAGCUGGCGGUGCAGAGAGGGAGUGGUGACGGUAGCGAUGAAUUGAGGAUUGGCUUGAUCCAGAGCACCGUGAUGUAUAUACAAGCAAUAUGCCAGGGGCAUAUUGGUUCGAGGCAUGACGCUCGCAUGCCCGCAAACCAGCACCAGCGAUUUUGAGGGACGGGGACUUUGCCUGGCCCUCGCGGCAACGGCCGACCCGAACUGGCAGUGUGGCCAGAACACCCUCCAAGCGACAUACCUUGUCUGUCUUCUUUGCGAUUGGUCUAGAGCUUUUACCUCAUCAUCGAGGUAUUCAGGUAGAUAGCGGGCAUCCCUGAGCCCAGUUGUGGAGCGGCUGUACGCCCUUCCAUGCACAAUAGCAAUAAUUUUUGGUUCUUUUAUUAUUUCCGCG